AUGGCGUACACACAAUCUGGAGAAGGACAUCAGUCGCAGUCUUCAACGGGCAGGCCUUGGUCCUCCGGCACAUACUCAUCAGACACACGGUCUCCUGAAUGGUCAGAGGUGGUGGAUCCUGUGGAGCGACGGAAGAUCCAGAACAAGCUGGCCCAGCAAAGAUUCAGAGCCAAAGCAAGAGAACAACGAGAGGACGUAGAACGCGAAAUAGAAAACCGAAAGAAAGCAUCGAGUUCCUACACACCUCCGGAAGCAUCCCGGCUUAAAGACCACCACACCCUCUCAGGUCUUCCCUGGGGAGGAAUAUCGUUCAGACAUAUCGUGGCAACAGGGCAGGAGAAGGAGCGGAGCUCUGAUCAAAGCUCACGAGAGAACUCCGUCUAUGCCAUGCGAGCGGGAGGGAGCAGCAGAAUUGGGCUUCGUCUGACCGAUCGCUUUGCCCUAAGCCAUGCAGCAUGGGGGCCAUUCGGGACUUUUCCUCAGCGCUUUUCCGAACGAUUCUACCCUUGA